AUGAGAAUGACAUCAAAAUGCUUCAGAAGCUGUGCGCUGCUAUCGAGACCAACGCCAGGUCGCAAAUCUUUUGUAGCUUUGUGUACCAACUUAGCUACAUAUGGUAGCUUUAAAAAGGAAACGGUUCCAAGAAGGAAGAGGGAUACGACUGACAAAAAUGUAGCUUUAGUCCUCCAAUCACGCAGAUUAAACUUUUUGACACAUUUUCGUAUUCUUUUGGAAGAAAAUCCAAAUUUAUUAAACCAAAUUUUGUGGAGUGACGAAUCCCGGUUUAACAAUAAUGAAGUAAUUAAUAAACAUAAUUGUCGCUACUGGUCCCAGGAAAAUCCUAACUGGAUACGACAGACCAAAUUUCAAACACGAUUUGGGGUAAAUGUUUGGUGCGGUAUUGUAAAUGGUUACAUAGUCGGGCCCUAUUUGUACCAUGAACAUUUAACUUCAGUUCGUUAUUUACAAUUUAUGCAAAACGAUCUCCCUUUGCUGUUACAAAAUUUGGGAAUUGACGUAAAUACUAUGUGGUUUCAUCAAGACGGUGCCGCAGCACCCAAUAGCAAUAUCGUUAUGAAUCAUCUAAAUGCCGUUUCCAGUAAAAGUGAUCAGCACAAAUGGGGAUCUUAGAUGGCCAGCAAGUUCCCUGAUUGACUUUUAUUUAAAGAGCGGCUUACAAAAUGAAGUCUACAAGGAACCAAUUGACCUGUACAACAAAAUCUAUGUUACUAUGGCCGCUAUUAAUCGAAAUACACUAUUGAGAGUUUGCAGAACCGAAUUAUUAUAUCGAUUUGAUAUGUGUGUAUAAAAACGGCAAUAAUUUUGAACACCUCAUUCGACCUUAUUAGUUAGUUUUGUUCUAAUUUUCAUUAAUAAUUUUGUAUAAUUUCUCCCCAGUUCUUUCAUAAAAUUUAAAACAUUCUUUAAUUUUAUUUUAUUAUGUUUUAAUGUUUCACCUUUGUUUUUAAACAGCAACAAAUAUAGCUUAUUAAUAAUUUAUCGUUUUGUUUCUUAAUGAAUUUUGUUUUCCAAAUGGUUUUAUUUUUAUUUCUCGAAAACGAAGCAAGAUAUGAAAACAAUUCAGCAGACAAAAAAAGGAUAUUUUUAGUUGCUUAAUCCGAAAAAAAUAUAAAAAUUUCCAGAAACUCAGUGGCGUAUUAUUUUUUGCCAAUAUUAUUUGUUAAGGGGCCCUCUGAGACGUCACUGGACGUAAUAAUUUUAAUCUAGUUAGCGCUACACGAGCGUUUUAUCACUAAAAUUAUCAUUACCAGAAUUAAAUGAACAUCUGCUAAAGCAUAUUAAAAAUAUUUAUAAUUAAAAUACUCGUUAAAAUUAUUAAAAAAAAAACUUUACCCCAAAUAUCUCCGUUUAUGUUGGAUUUAUCAAUAAUUUGUAUGGGACAUAAUUUGAUCAAAAAUUAAUUUAAAUGUACCUGCCAUCGAAAAAAUUAUUUGCACAGUGGCGCCACCUACAUCUUGUAUUAUUCAAACACAUUUUUUACAUAGUUGUGAAGCCAAUCAUAGAGUCUAAAAACUGGCGUUUACAGAAUUUAAAUGUCACUUUUAGUUUUCGAAAUAAUUGGCCUGGG